AUGCGUUUGUGGGAGCAAGGCGGAAGCCCGCCCGCACUGAUGGCUGUCAUUGCUUUCAAAAUUGUCUUGCUCGGUUCGCUCACAUUCGUCCCGGACAAAGCGUCGAGCUCAGACUACUCGCACGUUUGCAAUUUCGGCACUGAGGAACUCCAAGUGGCGGCAAACAGCACCACCAACUUUCAGUGUGGUCUCAUGCUGGCCUUGGCGCCAGAGGCUGCGUCGAACAUGGUUUACAGAGGACCAGCCUGUACAGAGAAAACAGAACUUGCCAGGCUAAUCCCAGGAGCACAGUUGGUUCCCGCAGACGCACAAUACAUCGGAAAACGCUCCCUAGAUCGAACGCUGUCUCCGGUUUAUAGUCUGAAAAUCGGUGACACUCUCGCGGAAGACGUUCAGCUUUGUUACAGGUGUACGACAUCCGAGAUCAGUGGUAUACACGGAGAAGUAGGGGAAAACGACCCGAUAAAUCGUGGUCAAAUACCGACUGACACACUUUGCAAAAUUCUCAUCCGCGUGACGGCUCCGCAAAAAACGCUGGCCGCUGCUUUGGGAGCAAGUAUUGGCCGGUCGCUGAGCGUAGGGCUGGCAUUUUUGACAGGUCUUUGCUUCUGA